AAUAGCGCGCCUGAAAAAAGAAGCUUAUAAAUGUACACAUGCUUAGUCACCACACACUACAUUCCUCUCAUUCACGCCAAAAUCCCUUCUUCCAUUGCUGUCUCUCUCUGCAAAAAAACCAUUCUUCUUCUCUUAAUUGUUGCUCAUUCUGCCGUACGUGUUCUGUUCCUUUGUCUCUGUUUAUAUACUUCAGCGCCCAGUUCAGGUCAUGUAAUUUAAUACCCACCACCAACUUUUUUCAGCUUGUUUUGUUUCAUGUUCUUGCUCAAAAGGGUCUGUUUCUAAUAAUGUAAUAUUGAUUAAAGUGCUGUUCUUGGCUGUUAUUUCGUCUUUAAUAAAUGCCCAUUUGCUUCAAAGUUUUAAAGGAUUAAUCUUUGGUUUGAUUCAAUCAUGGGUUCUCGUUAAAUUGUGUUUUAACUCAUCUUUAAGGUUUUUCUUUGAGCUAUGUAAAGCUAAAUUGUUUUAAAUUUGUGUUGAACUGUUAGAACAUGAUUCUUGUGACAAUGGGCUUUCCUUAAAUUUGUAGUCUUUAUACUAAGCUUCACUUUUCUUGAGCUUGACCAGCAAAAUUUAUGCCCUUUUAAUUUUUUAAACUGUAACAUGUAAUUUGAAUCGUUUUCUUUUAAUGCUGGUGUGGUUUUUGGCGGGACUUAAUUACUUAAUGAGUAGAAUGGUUUUCUUGAGAAUGAAGUAAGAAAACAGUAGUGUCAAUGGAUUUUAAUUUCAUUGAAGUUAAACGCUAAUAAGAUUUGAGAAAUAUGGAUAGCACCUGUUCUUUCCGCUAAUUGAGACCAUUUUUCCUUGAUUAAGGAUUCUAUUCGCUAACUACUUUAUUUUUAAACUGAUACAUGGAAUUUAAGUGAUUUGAUUCAUUGCUGCUAACUGAUUCUUUUUCCAUUCACAACCAAAUAAAACCAAUAUCAUUCUUCAUAUAUUCCCUGAAAUGUAAAGUUCUUCAACUGUAUAUAGUUUACCUACUGAAUAUCUACCAAAAAAAUGGUUAGUUUUGGAGAUUAUACCUGUUCUUCUUUUUGGCCCUUCUGCCUAUAGAUUCUUAUUCCUAACAAUUACCAUCAUCUAUGCAAGUUUAAUUAUCAUAUUGGCCUCUCGAGUACUUACUAUUCGGUUACUGUUUUGGAGUGUGUGUUAUCUUUUAGUUCUUUUGUUGAACCAGAACAUCAAAAAUAUACAUAAUUCUUAGUUAUUCACCUAAAAUUUGAGUUUAAUGGAGGAGACAUUUGUUCCCUUCCGUGGAAUAAAAAAUGAUCUUAAAGGAAGGCUUUUGUGCUACAAGCAAGACUGGACUGGAGGUCUCCGUGCGGGUAUCAGGAUUCUUGCUCCGACAACAUAUAUAUUCUUUGCUUCAGCAAUUCCAGUUAUAUCUUUUGGAGAACAGCUUGAAAGAGAUACCGAUGGAAGUUUGACUGCAGUGCAAACUCUUGCAUCGACAGCACUUUGUGGAAUCAUCCAUUCGAUAUUUGGAGGACAGCCCUUGCUCAUACUGGGGGUCGCAGAACCAACAGUGUUGAUGUAUACAUUUAUGUUCAACUUUGCAAAGGACAGGAAGGAUUUGGGACCAAAACUCUUCUUAGCUUGGACUGGAUGGGUUUCUGUGUGGACUGGCUUGUUGCUUUUCUUGCUGGCAAUAUUGGGUGCCUGCUCUUUAAUUAACAGAUUUACACGAGUGGCUGGCGAACUGUUUGGUCUACUGAUUGCAAUGCUUUUUAUGCAGCAGGCCAUAAGAGGAGUCGUGGAGGAGUUUGGCAUACCCCAAAGAGAGAAUCCUAACCAGACUGCAUUCCAAUCUUCUUGGCGAUUUGGCAAUGGAAUGUUUGCUCUAGUUUUAUCGUUUGGACUUCUGUGGACUGCACUAAAGAGCCGUACAGCUAGGUCGUGGCGCUAUGGGACAGGUUGGUUGCGAGGAUUUAUUGCAGAUUAUGGAGUUCCUCUAAUGGUACUUGCAUGGACUGCAAUAUCUUACAUCCCAGUUAAUGAUGUUCCGAGAGGGAUCCCGAGGCGCCUUUUCAGUCCAAACCCAUGGUCUCCUGGUGCAUACUCGAAUUGGACGGUUAUUAAUGAAAUGACUGCUGUACCUCCUUUUUACAUUCUUGGAGCAUUUGUUCCUGCAACCAUGAUUGCAGUCCUUUACUACUUUGAUCAUAGUGUUGCAUCUCAACUUGCCCAACAAAAGGAAUUCAAUUUGAAGAAGCCAUCUUCCUAUCAUUAUGACCUUCUGCUUUUGGGAGUUUUGGUGAUCUUAUGCGGUCUCAUCGGCAUUCCUCCUUCAAAUGGUGUGAUUCCACAGUCUCCAAUGCAUACAAAAUGCUUAGCGACCUUGAAACAUCAGCUUUUGCGAAAUAAGCUAGUUUCGACAGUCAGAAGAAGCAUUCACGAUAACGCAAAUCUGGGUCAGUUAUACCAAAACAUUCAAGAAGCUUACAAUGAAAUGCAGACUCCUUUAGUCUAUCAAUUGCCACCUGCCCUGGGACUGAAAGAGCUAAAAGAAUCAACGAUCCAAAAGGCAUCAAGUACUGGCUACAUUGAUGCCCCUGUGGAUGAAACCAUAUUUGAUAUUGAUAAAGAUGUAGAUGAUCUUUUACCUGUUGAAGUCAAAGAACAGCGCCUCAGCAAUCUGCUUCAGGCAUUGAUGGUUGGUGGCUGUGUUGCUGCUAUGCCUCUCCUGAAGAAGAUCCCAACUUCAGUUCUUUGGGGAUACUUUGCUUUUAUGGCCAUUGAAAGUUUACCAGGAAAUCAGUGCUGGGAGAGGAUAUUAUUGCUUUUUACUGCUCCAAGUCGACGAUACAAGGUGCUGGAGACGAGUCAUUUAACUUUUGUCGAGACAGUACCCUUUAAAACAAUUGCCAUCUUCACCGUGUUCCAGACAACUUACCUGCUUCUGUGUUUUGGCUUGACAUGGAUUCCAAUAGCCGGGGUCCUUUUUCCACUGUUAAUCAUGCUUCUAGUUCCUGUAAGGCAGUAUGUGCUCCCUAUAUUUUUCAAAGGAGCUUUUCUUCAAGACCUGGAUGCUGCAGAAUAUGAGGAAGCUCCUGCUGUAUCUUACAACAUUGCAUGUGAAGAUCAGAACCCUCAAACAAGGUCAUCUAAUAUCGAUGGAGGAGAAAUUCUUGAUGAAAUGGUGACGAGAAGCCGUGGGGAGUUCCGCCGAACACAAAGCCCUAAAGUGACAAGCUCAACACCAACUUCAUUACAGGAUAUAAAACCUGCAUUUAGUCCACGUGCACCCAAAAGGCAAUACAGUCCACGAGUUGGUGGUCUGAGGGCGGGCGAGAGGCCCCGCUUUACUGGCAGGGGAACCGAAAUAAAACAGACGCCCAGUCCAGGGGCAUCAAACCUUGGUCAAAGCAGUCAUGGGUCAUCUUCAACUUAAAACCUAAUAUAACUCAGGUGAGUUCAGUUGUCAUUGUCAAUGUGCUCGAGAGGUCAUUUGUGUGUAACUAAACAUUAGUCGUAAUAGCUGUGCAUUUUAUUACCUGGCCAUAACUUUAGAAUCUGUCAAUGUUAUCGCUAUAUAUGCAACAGAGAGACUGAACAGAGGAAAUAUUCUUGAUAAUGAAAAUAUGUGCUUUGAAUUUA